AUGGACCUGCGGCUGUGGGUGCAGACGCUCCUGUUGCUCUGGCUCGCACUGACCUCGGUGUGUGGAGGGCCCCUGAUGCAGCCUUCUGAAAGGAAGGGGCUGGAGGAAGGCAAUGUCCGCCACCUGGUGCAGCCCAGAGGGGUGAGGAACGGACCAGGGCCCUGGCAGGGAGGUCGGAGGAAGUUCCGUCGCCAGCGGCCACGCCUCUCCCAUAAGGGCCCGAUGCCUUUCUGAAGCAGGACCGAAGGGGCCCCAAGUGCCUGUCUCCUGUACUUCUCUCGGCUCCACAGAUUGGUCUGCUUCUCCGGAGCCCGCACAGCCAUUCAUUCUCGUCUUGCACCUGUUCUAGCUGCGGAUGGUCCGGGCUCUUCUUACGCACCAGCUUCUCAACGGCGUGGCCCUACACCUAGUUCACUGGUUCCCUGUCUCUCUCAUGGAUCCAUGCAGCCCAUCUUCAUGGCCCCUUCCCAGACUGUCUUUGGAAACCUAGCACUGGAAGGCCUUCCUCUCUACCCUUCUUCUCCCAGGCCUUCCCCACGCUCUGGUCCCUCCCUCUUCCAUCUAGCUGGCCCAAUCCUUCACCUGGCCUUCCUUCCUCAUGUAUACCUUGGUGUCUGGGUGGCCAAAACUCUAUUGCUGUCAAGUCGAUUCUGACUCAUAGCGAUCCUAUAGGACAGAAUAGAACGGUCACAUAGGGUUUCCAAGGCUGUAAAUCUUUACGGAAGCAGACUGCCACACCUUUCUCCCACGGGGUGGCUGGUGGGUUUGAACCACUGACCAUUCGGUUAGCAGCCGAGUGUUUAACCACUGUACCACCAGGGCUCCUUGGGUGCUGGGUGGACACCUCCCUUUUUCAGUGAGCUCCAGCACAUCUCAUGCCUUCUUAUCACUUGGACCUGUCAGCCCAGCCUCCAGGAGAGAAACACAGAAUGAGCAAUGAGAGACUCUAGUUAGGGGGAGCUGGAGGCCAGACAGGGUGCACUGGGGGACACUGGAAUGUGGGUACUGGAGCUCUGGUGAAGGGGAGUGAAGCAUGGGAGAAGAGGAAGAAUAGCUGGGGUGGCCUCUUCCUCAUCCCCGUGUUUGGCCUGGCUAAGGAAGGCUAGGGGCAGGGCCCAUGAAGUACUUUGUCACUUCUCUCCCUUUUCUGUGUCCCCUUAACCUUUCCUUCUCCCUAGCCCCUCCUCCCCCAGUUAGUCCCAGCUCCAGCCCAGGAAAGGGGAUUCUGGGCCUGAGAUGGCACUGUACCCUCCCAGGAGCAAAAGCCAAGCAGGAGGAUUGUUUUUGUCAAGAAUCACAGACUAUCAUAGCCAAAAGGAACCUUGGAUAUCACUACGCGCCAUCCUCUUCCGCAGACUCCUGCAAAACCAGAGACCUGGGAAGGCUAGUGACCUGCUCAGGGUCACUGUGGAGCCAGAAUGAAGACCCAGAUCUCCCAACUCCCACUUCAUGAUGUCCUCUUCCCUCUUUCUGAUGUCUUUUCCAAAAAAAAAAAAAAAUUAAGUGCCUUUUCCCAGGGUUGUGCCAGGGGUGGCUGGGGAGGGAGAGGCAGGCUGGCUAUGAACUGCCCCAUGGUGGGGACGGAGCUGCUCCCCUUCUCCAGUCCCCCAACCUGGAUUGCAAAGUUCUAGAAGUGGUCAACUGCCCCCUGCAGCACCCCCAGGCCCCAGAUAGUUUAACAGAGGCAGAACAGGCCCCGAGACUACCAUUCAGACCCCUUAACUGGUUUUGAGGAGCCAGGAGGUGGCCUGAAAUAGUUUGACUCAAUAGCUUUCCCUUCCCUGGCACCAUCACCCCGGCCCCUGGAGCUUGGUGUUGACUGGACCUUCCUUCCCAGUGACCUUACUUUGGUGGAGGGAGGUAGAAAAGAAAGAAGGAAGGAAAGGUGGGAGGAAGUGCAACUGGGAUAGCAUCCCCCCAGGAGGUCCCAUCUUCAAUGGGGAGCCUUUCCUGAGGGUGGCCUCUCUCUUCUUAGGUAUGGGCAGGCUACCUUCUCAGAGGCCUCCCAGGAGGGAGAAGAGGGGACACAAGAGCCUGAUGCCCACUUACGUAUGUGUGGGGGCAGGGGGACUCAGGGUCCCCCAAGUCCACAAUUACCCCCAAUGUUUGUCUCUCCUCCUCCCC